AUGGCAGAAAGCAACUGCACCCCAGUGACGGAGUUCAGCCUCACGGCGUUCACGGAGGACCCAGUCACUCAGGUCAUCCUCUUCCUGAUGUUUCUGCUCAUCUAUCUUGUCACCAUCCUGGGGAACCUCGGGAUGAUGGCGUUGAUCAAGGCCAGCCCCCAGCUCCACACCCCCAUGUAUUAUUUCUUGGGUAAUUUGUCUUUUAUCAACCUCUGCUCUUCCAUCGUCAUCACCCCCAAGAUGUUCAUUGACAUUCUGCCAGAGAAGAAGAGCAUUGCGUAUGCCGGGUGCGUGGCUCAGGUGUUCGUUUUCGAUCUUUUUGGGAUGACUGAAUGCUUCCUGCUGGCGAUGAUGGCAUAUGACCGUUACGUGGCCAUUUGCCAUCCCCUGGUCUAUCCCCUCGUCAUGUCCCCAAAACGCUGUUUCCAGCUGGUGGCCGGGUCCUAUCUCGUGGGGUUGACCAAUGGUGUGGGACAGACAAUCAGCCUGUCCAAUCUAUCCUUCUGCAGCUCCAGCGUCAUCGACCUGUUCUUCUGCGACAUUUCCCCUCUGAUAGCCCUCUCGACCUCCAACACCACGCUCAGCCUCAUUGUCCUAAGAACCGCAGCGUGUUUAUUGGCUUUUCCCAGCAGCCUGGUUGUCCUGGUCUCCUACGUGGCCAUCGCCUCUGCCAUCCUGAGCAUCCGUUCAACCGAGGGCAAGCGCAAAGCCUUCUCCACCUGCGCCUCCCACCUCACCACUGUGAGCAUCUUCUACGGGACAGCGCUUUUCAUGUACUUAAAGCCCAGCUCGGAGAGCUCAAGAGAAGCAGAUAAAUGGGUGGCGGUGUUCUACACGGUGGUGACGCCCAUGCUGAACCCCUUCAUCUACAGCCUGAGGAAUAAGGAGGUGAAGGAGGCUUGGAGGAGACUCACAACAAUGAAAUGA